AUGAAGUUUGAAAUAAACAUUCACAUUGUACUUAAGUCGAAACAAGACAAAGGAACAUCAACUAAUACUUUGAGUAUCGCUUCGAUGAUAACUCUGAAACAUCGACCACUGUGCGAGGUGCAAACAACUAGGCCCGCCUACGAGACUACUAAAGGGACAAAAAAGAAAAUGCGCAGUCUGCCCUCGCUCCUAAAGAAUUACGCGUUCGGUACACGGAUGAAUCAUGCGGAUACAAAAAGGAAUGGGAAUCCGCGUUUGUUCGUAUCGUUGACUCGAAUAACUCGAUGCAUCGGACCGAGAUAUCAACGUACAGCUGCCGAUAUAAAUGCGUAA